UACCAAAACAUUCUUCAAAUGAUAGUGACAAUAAUCAUGAGAAAGCAAUACUUAUAGGAAUUGCUGCAGCAGCAGGACUAUUACUUCUUGUUAUGCUAGUUUUCGUAAUAUCUUGCUGUAAAAGGAAAAGAAGAAAGCCACGUGAUCAAAUGGGCUUCUACAGGGACAAUUCUUAUAGAGCCAAGGGUGGUGACUAUUAUAACAAUGAACAACAUGGGAAUUGGAACAACAACAAUGUCCAAUCUUCAGAACAUGUUGUUAAAAUACCCCCUCCAACCAAUAGUGCCGGAGUAAGCUCAGAAUAUAGUUGGCCAAUACCACCACCACCACCGCCACCAAUGAGCAAUACGAGCUCUGCUGAUUUCUCUGGCACACAACAACAACAACAACAACGAAAACCUCUGAAUUUUCUACCUCCAAGCCCAAUAAAUAUAUCAUUUGGUUUUACCCAAAGCAAUUUAUCUUAUGAUGAUUUAGUAACUGCAACUGGCGGGUUUUCUAAGGCUAAUCUACUUGGACAAGGUGGUUUUGGAUUUGUACAUAAAGGGGUUUUGCCUAAUGGUAAAGAGAUAGCUGUAAAAAGUUUAAAAUCUAAUAGUGGACAAGGAGAAAGAGAAUUUCAAGCUGAGGUUGAAAUUAUAAGUCGUGUACAUCAUCGAUAUCUUGUGUCUUUAGUUGGUUAUUGCAUUGCUGGAUCUCAAAGGAUGUUAGUCUAUGAGUUUGUUCCUAACAACACUCUUGAAUAUCACCUUCAUGGACCUGGUAACGCAGUAAUGGAUUUCCCUACGAGAAUUAAAAUUGCAAUAGGAGCAGCCAAAGGGUUUGCUUAUCUUCAUGAAGAUUGCGACCCUCGCAUUAUACACAGAGACAUUAAAGGUGCAAAUAUCCUACUUGACAACAACUUUGAAGCCAAGGUGGCUGAUUUUGGGUUAGCUAAGCUUUCAGCCGAUAACUUUACUCAUGUGUCUACCCGUAUCAUGGGAACUUUUGGGUACCUCGCACCAGAAUAUGCUUCGACUGGAAAGUUGACAGAAAAAUCUGAUGUAUAUUCUUAUGGUAUUAUGCUAUUGGAACUUAUAACUGGACGUCGACCUAUAGAUGUCAACAGUGACGGUGACAAUUUAGUUGAUUGGGCUAGGCCAAUUCUUAGUCGUGCAACAGAGGGUGGAAAUUAUGAUGAAUUAAUAGAUCUACGCUUGGAAGGAAAAUUUGAUGCUCAGCAAAUGCUAUGCAUGGUUACUUGUGCUGCUGCAUCAAUCAGACAUUCUGCUAGAAGACGUCCAAAAAUUAGUCAAAUUGUACGUACUUUGGAAGGUGAUGUUUCUUUAUUGGAUGAUUUAAAUAAAGGAUCAACACCAGGUCAUAGUGGAAUACCUGGAUCAGGAGAAAGUUCUGAAUGUGAUGGACGUUCAUAUGACAUAAAAAAAUUCAAGAAAUCUGAAAUAUCAAGUGAAGAAUUCACAAGGAGUCAACAUGGAUCGACUGGUGAGUUUGUCCAUUCCAGAGGUGAAGCAUAACUAAGAACAUGCAGCCCUUGAGCACAGCAUUUGUGAAUGUAGAUGAGUAGAGUUAAAAUUAUAGCCGUCCGACCUGAGGAAAGUGCGGUCAGAUUGGGAAUCCCCAGUGUCUUGGUCUUUACCUUCGCUUCGAGGGCGAAGAAGGAAGGAAGCAAAGCAAGGCUUUCUGAGCUAAUUGCAGUACAUUGUUUUUUAUUUAUAAAAUAUAAAGUGUAGAUAUAACACAUACCUUCAUUCUAGACUCGAAGGAUGCUUUAGGUACUGAAAAAUAGUUUUUUGUAUAUAUACUUCCACGGUUCCACCAUAAAACAUACAUUAGACUGAUGGUGGUAAAUGUAUAUAGCUGCUCGUCAAAAGCAGCGUGACAUAGUAAUUUUAUAGGUUAGUUUGUUGAUAAGUUGAGUCAUUUUAUUUUGUUUUGGAAUUUAAGACAACAAUAGUGCGCAUUAUCAAUAUGUUAUGUUUCUUAAUUGAAGUUAUAUAACGUACCCAUUUGUCAA